CGUGCACAUGCAGGGCAUACACAGCGCUAGAGCUAGCCACUGGCCUUCGGGUUAGAAGUUGCACGGCUCAAAGGCGAAUGCCUGUAGCUGUAAAAAGGUGGGGAAAUGGCUCCCACUGACAACCAGCUUUACUCAGAAGGAGGAUGGGGUUGGAUAAUUGUACUUGCUACUUUCUUCUCCAAGUUCAUCGUUUUUGGCAGUUUGAAAGCUUUCGGAGUACUUCUAAAGACCGUGGCGGAGGACCUCGAAACGCAGUUAUGGGUUGUUGGUUCUAUAUGCGCUCUACAUUUUGGUGUGCAGUUUACUUUAUCACCCGUGACUGCGAUGAUAGCCUAUAAAGUUGGUAGUCGGUGCGUAGUUGUCUGUGGAGGCGUAGUCUAUGGACUUGGUUUGGUUCUGGCUUCCCUAUCUUCGCACGUAACUGUCUUUGCUGCAUCUGUAGUCCUACUUGCAGGCACAGGAGCUGCAUGUGUUAUCAAUCCUGUGCACGCAGAAGUCAACUUUUUCUUCAGUGAGAAGUACGCACUAGUGAGCAUCAUCGCUUUGGGCGGAAAUCCACUGGGAAUGAUGUUAUACGGCCCGGUGGCACAACUUCUUCUGGACACAUACGGUUGGAGAGGAGCAAUGCUCCUCCUAGGAGGUGCUGGGUUUUUCCUCAUAACCUGUGGUAUGGUAAUAAGGAGGCCUUCCUCGUCCUACUCAAGAAUCGUGAACGAAGAUGAAGACGACCGGAUGGACGACGUCGCUGGCAGCGUCAACAAUUCAACAAUCCCAUUCAAGAUGGGAGCCAAAACUUGUUCUUCCUUUUUGUUGAUAACUGGAUUUGAUAUAUUCUUCAAUCUUGACUUUCUUCUGCUGAGCCUCUCGAGAAUGCUCUAUGCUGCGGGUUAUGGAGGACUCAUCGUGUACAUGGUUUCUAACGGGCUUUCGCUGGGUCUGAGCCCCAACGAGGCCUCAUACCUGACUGUGGCCUGGGGGAUAGGGAACCUAGCUGGUCUUACGACAGCUGCGAUCGUGCUCCAUACAAAGCUACUGCCGUAUUACUCCACUGCUGUAAUAGGUGGAGCGAUAGCUGCCUUGUGUAUGACUGUUGAUUCUGUCAUUCCCACAUUCAGCGGUCAGAUGAUAAUCAUGCUCUUGACGGGGUUUGGAUUUGAUGUCAUCGUCGAGGUUAAUUCUGUAAGAACGAGAUGUCUACCUUUUGGUGAUGACAGAUUCAUCAGUGUACUUGGCUGGCAAAACUUCAUGGCAGGUUUCUCUUCUACGGUAGGCGGAGUAUUUGCAGGUUGGCUUUACGAUGCGACGGCUAGCUUCCAGUUAACAUUCACCAUGUUGAGUGCAACAGUAAUGUCAUCAGCACUGUGUUUCCUUGUGGAGGUUGUUCUGAAGAGGCAAACGCAAAAUUAAUUUACAUUCCAAUGGGCUCUGUUGUGCUGUCGCGAAGGAAGGGAACGACAGACUAAGGACUGACCUUCGUCCGUACCCGGUCGCGUGUUUGUGGAAAGGUGUUAAAAUUGAAAUCGAUAUUGAAAUUGAUAUCAACGCAAAAUUACAAUACUCUUUCAACUUAUAACAUAUCAAAUAUUAGGCGAUUGUGGAUUGUCAACUGAUUAUUGUAUCACCUGUAGACGGAUUAUGCAAUGAAAGUUUAAAAAAAAAUGAAAACGGCUCUAUACUUAUUACUUUACGGAUUAACCGAAAAAUUAUUUAUUUGUAAAUAUAUAGGUGUUGUUAUGACACUGUGCACAAGAAAAAAAUCAUGUUUUUAACGUCACGUUUGUAAUGAAUUGAAUUCAAGAGCCGUAAAUUUCAGUGGUCUCUCGCCUCGUGGAGUCAAAAUUUAUAUCCCAGGGCGAUAUAAUGAUCAAUUAAGAACAAUGCAAAUGCCCUUACAAUUCAGUCCCGCCCUGCGGUUCUUUGGUACAGUUGA